UACACCACAACACAAAUAAUAAUGUGAAACCAGUAAACGAACUUAAAUGAGACUCGAGGUAAGUUCGUGAACGACUUUGUUAAAAAUUACGCUUGCUUUGUUAAUUGUAUUACGCGUCAGUUUAGUUCUGUUUUCAAAUUUUUUUCGGUGUGUUGCAAGUGGGAAGUGAAGUUCGCAAACAAUAAUAAUGUUAGUGAAAGUUUGUUAAAGUAGAAUUUUUGCUUAACGCCGAUUACCAAUUUCCAAGCCGGUGAUUGGCCAUGGAUGAAAACGAGCAAGAAUCAAAAUCGCCGAUUAAACGGCUUGGCUCGACCAGAAAACUUUUAGUUUUCAACAAUAUUCGUCUUCAAUUAAAUGAACAGUUGCGAUGUCUGGACUUACGGAUGGAAGCACAAGUUGCGCUGGUAACGGAGCUUCAGGAUUUCUUCCGCCGAAGAGGUGAACUUGAACUCGACUAUUCGAAAAAUUUGGACAAAUUAGCAAAGAGUCUUCAACUUAGGCAUAAGGAACAGAAGCAAAAACGCGAACAAUGGCCUCUCUUCUCAAGCUACGCUUGCUGGCAGCAACUUGUUAAGCAAACAAAAAAUUUAAGUCGCGAUCAUGGAGCAUUAUCCGAAGUCUACUCUACGCAUUUAGUUAAUAGAUUAUCGCAGGUUAUGGAGGAUGUGCAAAGGAUAUACAAACGGUGCCGUGAGAUUGGUUAUGAAACUCAUGAAGAGAUUCUGCGUGUUUUACACGAACUGCAUACCACUAUGAAAACAUAUCAUAGUUAUCAAGCGGAACUUAGGCAAACUGAGGCAAAAUUGCGAGCGGCUGAAACUCAGCGAACAAAGUUAGAGCAAUCCCUAUCACAAGACAAAUUGGAUCGUUCGAAAAAGUACAAAUUGAUGGAGAAAGAAGUUAUGAAGAGGAAAAAUAAAUAUACCGAUGCAAAAGUGAAAGCGCUAAAGGCACGAAAUGAAUACCUCCUAUGCUUGGAAGCUUCUAAUACGACAAUUCAUAAGUACUUUGUUGACGAUUUAUCUGAUCUUAUAGAUUGUAUGGAUUUCGGUUUUCAUAACUGUAUUGCACGUGCUCUUUUGAUGCAUGUCUCUGCAGAGGAAGGUCGUCAGAAGUCGGUGCAAAAUGGACUGGACACACUACUAACCUGCAUUAAUUCUCUAGACUCUAGAUUAGAUAAACAAAGGUUUUUGGAGUGCAAUCACAGCGCCUUUAUGAUACCAAAAAAAUUCGAGUUUCAAAGUCAAAAACCGGAAGACCCUCCCGAACCAGAAAUCCAGAAAGUUCUCCAUCAAGAAAUGGAAACCAGGUUGAACCAACUGCAACAGCGAGUUACAUCUUUACGAACGGAAUCGGAGGAAGUUUGGAAGACUUUGGAAACGGCCGAAUCUACACUACUGGAAAUGUUAAAUGCGAAAGACUACGAUUGCAACGCAUACUUUGGCGAAAGUGCUGUCCCCACCAGCAAACCCCCCGAAACUGUAUUGAUAAAGUUACGUGCGGAUAGGCAAGAAACUGAAGAUUUUUAUUUAUCCAAAUUUCGAGAAUAUUUAUUGGGGUCAACACGAAUUGCGCGAUUAGAUGCAAAACACGAAUAUAUUAGGCAGUCAUUGCUUGCGGAUAAUUGCGAAUCUACAAAUACGUUAAAAUCGGUCACGAAGGCGCCAAGGAGAAAAAGGAUUGGAAGAUUGCAGAUGAGCGGGCAACCGAAAUUGUUUGGGGGUUCUCUUGAGGAGUACUUGGAAGCUACAAAUCAAGAAAUUCCUUUAAUAGUUAAAUCUUCAAUUAGAGUUAUAAAUUUGUAUGGUUUGCACCACCAGGGAAUUUUUCGGGUUUCUGGAUCUCAAGUAGAAAUAAACAACUUCCGAGAGUGGUUUGAAAGAGGCGAGGACCCUUUAGCGGAUAUGACAGAUGCUUCUGACAUAAAUAGUGUAGCCGGAGUCUUAAAAUUAUAUUUACGAGAGUUAAGAGAACCACUGUUUCCUAUUAUUUAUUUUGAGCACUUUAUGGAAUUGGCACAAUUGGAAUCUAGGCGAGAUUUUAUUUUGAAGAUGAGAGAGUUGGUUCAAAGUCUACCAAGAGCUAUUAUGGUUGUAAUGCGUUAUCUUUUUGCUUUUUUGAAUCAUUUGUCCGAAUUUUCCGAUGAGAAUAUGAUGGAUCCGUAUAAUUUGGCAAUUUGUUUCGGUCCCACCCUUGUUCCCGUACCAGACGAUAAGGAUCAGGUGCAAUAUCAAAAUCAAGUGAACGAAUUAAUCAAGAAUAUAAUAAUGUUCAAUGAGGAGAUAUUUCCGAACGAUGGUGGUAUCAUUUACGAAAAAUACAUUUCACCAGAGCCGGAAGAUCAUGAUGUGGGAGAUUCACCGUCAGAUCAUGCGACGGAAGAUAUAGAUUCUGAAGUUUGUCCGUCGGAAGAUGAUUCUGAGAGUAUUGAAGCAACAGCCCAGUUCGAUUUUAUUGCGAGAUCUGAUCGCGAAUUGUCUCUAAAGAAAGGGGAUUUUGUCACUUUAUAUUCUCAAGUUUCUAAUGAUUGGUGGAGAGGAUCUGUCAAUGGACAGGACGGUUUAAUUCCCGACAAAUACAUAUCGUUGAAAAUGAAAGACGAUGAUAGGGAAAAAUUGGACAACUUAAAGUCAAGUUCAUCUGAAGAGUCGAUGCGAACGAGACCCUGUAGUUCGAACGAUUCCGUCUUACCUGAUAGUUCUCAUCCGAUAACGGUGGCUCAGAGUUCGCCAGUUGCAUGGAAAAGUUCGUUAGACUCGUCAGAGCCUGUGCACAGUAAUACCACUUCUUCUGUGUCUAUAAAUCAUUCUAGAGAGAUAGGACAUGUACCUUACAAACCAACAGAUUUAUCUAACACUAAAUUAAACACUAGCGGCUCGCUUGACGAAACAAUUCUUUUCAAUUGCACCUCAAACUUGAACAAAGUUCAUCUGUAUGAACCCACAACAAUAAUAAAUAGUAAAAACAUUGAUCACCACCCAACUAUUCAGGAACCGGUCAUCAAUCCAUCCAUCUCAGUGGAGGAAACAGAUUUUGUGGAAAUAGAUAAAUCAGUUGUCAACUUUAGUCAGAACCGCGAACAGUGGCAGCGCCGCGCGAGUUCGCAGACCUCGCUCAAGAUCACCCAAACUCUCAAGCAAAAUCAGCAACAAACGGAAUGCAGGAUACAAAGACAAAACCACACACCCGAUUUAGUUAUGGAUUUGCCAUUAGUACCUUCCAGUAGCCCCAAACAGUUGACCAAAAAAUCCUCAAAUCUCUCUGAGAACUCCAUGAAUGAAGAUACAACUUCCUUAAAAUCUGUAGAAAGUCCAACCGGACCAGAUAGCCCAGAUAUGCAAACGGCUGCAGAGAGAUUUGCAAAACAAAAUCAGUGCACUUUGAAGAAAAAUACAAAAGUUCAUAUCACGGACACUGGUAAUGUAUCGGACAAAGCGGAUAUCGGCAGUCCUGUAGCCGAGCGUAAAGGCAUUGAAGGAAAUCGGCCGCAGGUCAAAGCGAAACCUCCCGUGUUAAAGAAACCCAGCUUUUCCGUACCUUUAUCCGUUGUCCCUCCCGAACUCUCACACCAAGAACAGCCAGAUCUCUCCACAUAACCUUUACGCUCAAAUUUUUGAUUCGUGACCAUAGAAUUAGUUUAUGACAAUAAGUCUCACUCGGCUUUAUUUUAAUGGACAAAGUUUGAGCAAAAAGAAAUUAUUUUUUUAUGAUGUGGAUUGUUUAUGUUUGUUUAAUUUUAGCACGGUUUUCUGUACAGUGUAAUUUAUGCCGCCUAUUGGCCGGCCGUCUAUUUAUGUCUUUAAUUUGUCAUGUCAUAGUGGAACUCCUGUAGACGAGUUAGAUUUAUUCUAAACAAAUCUUUUUGGCUAUAAAUUGCUCAUUUUGUAUGUGUGUCGCAUGAUGUUUAAAUUUAAUGGUAUCUAUGUAUUCUGUGGUGCCGAAAUGUUUCAAUUUUGCAGUCGGAGCGCUUUAUGCUAUCCUUUAUUGAUGAUCAUAUACAACAGGUGUAAUCAAAUUGCCAUAUUUUUUGCUAAUUAUUGUCUUUUAACAUUUACAAUUGCAUGUAUCGAUGUAGUUCGUUAGUGUUGUUAUCGCCAUUCAUUAUUCAGAUAUAUUAAUCAAUCAUUACUUUGAAUCUAUACGAAUCGAUAAAGUGAGAACUGCAUUGGGAUCAAAUUUUAAAGAAUACAAAAGCGACAAUUUUUUUUAAUGUUGAAUGAGUAGAUUGCUUACUAUAACUGCGUUAAAAUAUGAGACUGAAAUAAUCGAGAAGUAUUCGCUACUUGUAUUAGAUGAUAAUUACUUUAUUUUCGUUCUUAGAUCGUACCUUCUAGUACUCUUCUAUUACGUACUUAGUCAAGUUUUAUAAAAGUAACUAUUUAGAUUAAUAAAUGAUAAUACUAAAAAUCUUUUAGACUGAUUCAUAAUUUGAUGUGAUGUUCACAAUAAGAUUUAUAAUAUACUUGUGCAUUAUUUUCAAUUUAGCAAACAAAAAGGUACUUAUUACAUUAUUGUCAGUGUGUUGUAUUUUAGAUACUGUCAAUUUGGUGCCUAAUUAUCUUUGUUUGUAAUUUUAGUAAACAAUGCAACGUUAUAUACAUGUAUACAAAAAUCUAAUAGUUUAAUUCUUGCCUUACGUACGACUUUCAAGAGAGUGAUUUAAUCUAAACAUAACUUUAUUUACUAUGGAAUGAUUCUUUACUAAUUCGUGUUUCUUGUAUACUUGGUAUAUAAUCAUAACAUGCUGUGCAUAUAGAUGAUACAAUGCUAU